ACGUCUCAUCAUCUGAUAUCGACAAUUUCCCCGGCUCCGACCCCGAUCUCCGAUCUCCAAUGCAGCAUUUAUAAUCUUCAUAUCAUCAGUGCGGGGUUUCCAGCCCGGUACUCGCACCCUCAAACACCCAUCGUGCUACUCGCCCCUCAAAUACCACGGGAACCUGCGAGGCGAAAGAUCCGGCAUCAAAGCAUCAUGGCAGAAUACUACAAGGACAAGCUGGUAGUUAUCACGGGCGCAGCCAGCGGCAUCGGGAAAGCAACCGCACUGAAACUCCACGCACUGGGCGCAAACCUAAUACCAUGCGACAUCAACGAAACCAGCCUGACCGAACUCCAAGCGACGCUAGACCCCACCAGAAGGCACGUAUACUUCGCAAUCGACAUCUCAUCCAGUACAGCCUGCACCACCGUAUCUGAUUUCAUCACUUCCAACGCCCUAAAACUAGAUUUCCUGUUCAACUGCGCCGGCAUAAACCCAACCGUGAUACCCAUCACCGACACGACAGACGACUACUUCAGCAAACUAAUCGACGUCAACCUCCGCGGGACGUUCAAUAUGACGCGGGCCUGCGCGCCACUGAUGCCCGCUGGCUCAGCGAUCGUCAAUGUUUCGAGUAUAUGCGGGUUGAAAGGGUUCGCCGGAUACUCAGUUUACUGUGCUACCAAGUUUGGAAUCAUAGGGUUGACGAAGGCGCUGGCUGCGGAGUUUGGGCCGAAGGGUAUCAGAGUCAAUGCCGUUGCGCCGGGGCCGAUUGAUACGCCCACGAACGAUGCGAACGUGUCUGGUGCGGAUGCCGUCAAAAGGGCGGGGGAGAAAGUCGCCUUGGGUAGGAUGGGGGAGGCGUCGGAAAUUGCGGAUGUGGUGGUGUUCUUGUUUAGCGAGGGGAGCAGUUAUAUGAAUGGAGCCGUUGUCGAGGUUACUGGGGGUUGAACGGAUUGAUUUUGUGGACGCUGAAUGACAAGUAUGGGAUUUGAGUGAGCAACCAAGAAAGCACAAAGAGAUAUCGCCAGCCGUAAAUGAUUUGUAUUCUUUUUCA